CAGCAGCUGCCGGGUCAGAAGACAGCGGGAUGAGAGAAGAUGGCGGCGAGAGGAGGCAGGAACGGCAUACUGGAGAAAUGGAAGAUUGACGACAAACCGGUAAAGGUUGACAAAUGGGACGGCUCGGCAGUGAAGAAUUCCUUGGAUGACGCUGCCAAAAAGGUUUUCCUCGAGAAGUACAAGUACGUGGAAAACUUCAGCCUGAUCGAUGGCCGCCUCGUCAUCUGCACCAUCUCCUGCGUCUUCGCCAUCGUGGCCUUGGUGUGGGACUACUUGCACCCGUUCCCAGAGUCCAAGCCGGUUCUGGCCUUCUGCGUCAUAUCCUAUUUCCUGAUGAUGGGGGUCUUGACGAUCUACACCUCGUAUAAGGAGAAGAGCAUUUUCUUGGUUGCUCACAGGAGGGACCCUGCGGGAAUGGACCCUGAUGACAUCUGGCACCUCUCCUCCAGCCUGAAACGGUUUGACGACAAAUACACGCUGAAAGUCACCUAUAUAAGCGGCAAAACCAAGCACCACCGCGAUGCCGAAUUCACCAGAUCCAUCGCCAAAUUCUUUGACGAGAACGGAACGCUAGUGAUGGACGUGUUCGAGCCGGAAGUCUCCAAGCUCCAUGACAGUCUGACUGCCGAGAAGAAGACAAAGUAACCCUUCACGUCAGGGCUUUCUCUGCCAGGCUGCGGCAAGAGGGGAACAAAAAACAAAACGGAAGCAAUGUGAUUUAAUCUGGGGUCUGACAGCCUGUAGCUCCUCAUCUGUUACACCAUAACUCCCAUGACUCGGGGCGAUGUAAUGGAAGAUCAGCUGCGGAGCUACUGGCUGACUACCCCCUUACUCUAAACGAAUGUUUAUCCUGUAACUCUACCCCGACACACGGAACUUGCAGGUGUUUUCGGCUGGGAAAGGUUUGAUUAAAAAGCUUUUGUCCUGGAAUCCUCUGGUCAUGGGUUUUUGUUACGGUAAUAAGUCCUCUGCCACCAAGGAGUUUUAAUUCAGCACCGAGGCAUUGGAGUGAAUACGCUUCUUCGAAACUGGAGCAUUGUUCCUCCUCUAAAAAAAAAAAAACAUACAUAUUCCUACAAACCCCAAAAAAUAUAAAUAGUAAAAAUCUGAUAAAAAAAAAGGAGAUCUUAACCAGCGCCUGGUUCUGAGUGCGUUACCGAUAUUAGACUGUAGAGGGAGCACUCGCAUUUAAAAUGCAUCAAAAGAAUACAUUGCUUAGGGGUGCAUAAUGUCCCCUAUACAUUUUGCUAACGACAUAAGGCUGGAACCGCGUUUCAGUUCUUACCUCGGUGCUGACGGAGAUAAAACUUAAAAUAUAUAUGUUUUUUUUUUCUUAUUCUUUCCCUGUUUGAACCAAAAUCCCAAUAUACAAAAAGUCAUGCUUAUAGAAUUUCAGGACAAAAUCUUUACUUGAACAGAAAUCUGUCCAUUUCUUUAUACAUAUUUUUUUUAAAUAUUUAUUUGAUGGAAAUAAAAGCAUUUUUUUUUUUGUUCUUUUGUACACCGUCAGAUAAGCAGAGCCGUUCUGCCUGUAGCUGUAAAGCUUAGCUUUCUCACACGGCCGAUUAAUAAUAAUAAAAGAAGAAGAAUCCUUUUUAGAUCUGUUACUGUCCAAGUUCCGUCACGUUGUUACAUUCCAUUACUCGUCUUCUGUUGAGCAUUUGUUUUCGAAUGGCUGUUUUCUAAGUAUUGUUUUCCAAUAAAAGAAAGGAAGAGGAACGAGCAGCCUGUUUGGUGUGUCGGUAGAUGUCCUCUUGCACGAGGGUUCGUGUGUCUACUUCAAAAGCUUGGUUAUUAUAAACACUUUUGCCCCCCAA